AUUGUGCUCACCAAAGUGGUUUACGAGAGCAUUAAUGGUGGCGCACAUGGUCUUGGAACGGACGUGAAAGUUGGAAGUGCGUUACUGGGAGAAAUUGUAGCCACAUCAUUACUCGUCCUUACUGUUCAAAUGACAGCUGUUGACAGCAAAAAUAAAGUACCCAUUGCCCCAAUACCAAUUGGAUUUGCAGUAGCUGUUGGCAUCUACGGAAUGUAAGUUGAUAAUAUUUUGGCAAUUCAUAGCCUUCAUGGCAACAUAUAAAAUCGUUUUACACACAUAAAAGGUCUUUUAGUCACAUACUCACAUGUCCAAAAAUUUCAUAAAUCCACAUUACUUUGGUAAAAAAUGUUUUGUGCUGGGUAGUCUAAACUUCGUUCAAAGCCAUGACAUGUUAAUUGUAAUCCAAAAGUUAUGAUACCAUUGUGUAAAUCAACCGUAGUGUAGGAUUUUACCCAAUUUAUUGUAAUAUUUAAGUUAUGAACAUAGCAUUCUGUAUAUUGAUCAGUUGCGGUUAUGUUGUUACACAGAGUAAGUAUUAUCAUCAUACAAUGAUAAAUCGUAUUAAUUUAACCUAACAUUACAACUCUUCAUUUUCAGUGGUGCAGUAUCUGGAGGCUCGUUAAACCCAGCAAGGAGUUUUGGUCCUGCAGUAAUUGGUUCGUACUGGGCCGAUCAUUAUGUGUACUGGGUUGGUCCAAUAUUUGGCGCCAUUUUAGCCUCGGCAAUAUAUCGCAUCGUGCUCGCCUCACCAGACCGAUUGCUGUUCUGUGAGGGAUCAAAUGUACAACAAUCUCAUACUGAUGUGGAACUAGGCAGUACAGCGGGGUUGCCAUGA